AUGAAGUUGGAUAAGAUAAGAAGAAAGUUCAGGAAGAUGGUAAACUUCUCAGAAGAAUCUUCAGAAGCAGGAACCACAAGAACCGAACCGGUACAGGCAGGUCCGGGUUGGUUUGGUCUUGCCACCGAACUGGUCUUCAUUUCCGGUUCAGCUAUGCAAGCCCUUAAACGCAUAGCGACAAAGACCGAGUUCCAGAGACUCUCAUCCACAAUCACCAAAACCCAUUUCAUAUCCAGCACCAAUUUCAGACCCUUCUCCUCCAACUCAAAGAAAGGCGACGACGACUGGAACGAAGCCUGGGAGACCGCGUGGCUCCCGCCCGACCUCUCGGGAAGUAGUAGCAGAGCUCCAUGGGAGACCGACGUCAAUUUCCCGUCUUUAGAGUCGAGCGUAGUGCUUCCCUCGGAUGCGGACCUAGAGACCAAGGCGUUCGUGGAGGACAUGAAUGAGAAUUGGAAUGAGAGAAGAAAACCCAAAGAGGAAAAGCAGCAGAGUGAGAAUGGGUCGUCGCUUUAUAGCUUGGAUAGUAUUAAGAAGGAUUAUAGGGUCAAGAAACAAAGGAUUCAUGCUGGCCUUUGGAUGAAGGAGAUUGAGAAGCAAGAGGAGGCUAAGUUGGCCGACUCGAAUUCUUUUGGUGGUGGGGAUGAUAUCGAGCGAUUGCUCGAUAGCUGCUCCGACAUUUUUUAUUCUGCCAACAAUGAUUUGGAAAACUCUAAAGCCCCGAGUGCUUCUGACUUCAAAAACAAACCGGAUGGUUGGGAAACGACAUCCAAGGCUAAGGAUGGAAAUGUAUGGGAGAUGACACAGAGAGAGGAAGAUAUUCUUCUCCAAGAGUUUGAGCGUCGAAUUGCGUACAAUAAAUUUCAGAUUGCUAGUUUUAUCAAGACUCACAUAUUUAGCCGGAGGAGACCAAUUGAUGGGUGGAAAUACAUGAUAGAGGAGCUAGGCCCAAAUGCGAGGAAAGGGAAGGGUUCUGUUACAAGAUUACCGAGUCUAUCCGAUGCAUCAACCCAACCCUUUAAGGAGGAAAACAGUGCAAUGAGCGGCAGCAGCAUUAUGCCCUUUAAGGAGAGGAAAAUAGAAAAUGCACAUAAGUUGUUUGAUGAGUUUCCUCAAGGAAAUGACUUGAUUUCAUGGAAUACUUUGACGGGUGGUUAUCUUCAUGUGUCUCAGCCUCAAGAAGUUACCUUGGAGGAGUCUCUUCAGUGGUACUGCAUCAACAUUGGCUUUUGUUUGGAUUUACAAGUGCUUACUGCUUUGAUUGAUAUGUAUGCAAAGAAUGGGCAAAUUGAUUUAGGACGUCGGAUUUUCGAUGGAGUUGAUGUGAAGGAUGUUGUAUUAUGGAAUUGUUUGGUAGAUACGUAUGCAAAAUGUGGCCUGGUACAAGAAGCAGUAGCUUUGUUGCGGUUGAUGAGACUUGAAAGAAUGAAACCCAAUUCAUCUACAAUGUCAGGACUGCGUUCGGCUUGUGCUGCUUCUGGGUCCUUAAGUGUAGGGAGUUGCAUUAAGGAUUAUGUGGAAGAGGAGAACUUGGUUAUGGAUGCGGUUCUUGGUACAGCUCUGGUUGACAUGUAUGCUAAAUGUGGUUUUUCGGAGAAGGCACUUGACAUCUUUGAAAGCAUGGAAAGUAAAGAUGUGAAAUCAUGGACAGCCAUGAUUUCGGGUUACGGUGUUCACAGGCAGGCAGGCAAUGCCAUAAGGCUGUUCUACACAAUGGAGGAGGAGGGUUGCCAACCUAAUGAAGUCACUUUCUUGGCAGUGUUAAGUGCUUGCAGCCACGGAGGGCUGGUGACAGAGGGAGUUAGAUGUUUUGAGAUAAUGGUUUGCAAGUACGGCUUUGUGCCAAAAGUUGAACACUACGGUUGUAUGGUAGAUCUUUGGGGUCGUGCAGGGUUGCUGGAGGAAGCACAUACACUAAUCGAUUGA